AUGGGACUAGUCGCAUCUUGUGCGAGCUCUGCAAUCUGCUGUGCAGGAUCAGCAUGUUGCAAUUGCAUGUGUGGUACAUGUAUGAAAUGCUGUAAAACUUCUCAUCAUCACCAUAUGAGACUCGGAUACCUUGUAUUAAUGAUUAUUGCUGCUGGCUUUGGUAUCUUAUUUUUAUAUGAAGGAAAAAAUAUGAUGACUCCUUGAACAAAAUAUGGCCUAGUAAAUUGUGACGGGAACUCUGAAAGUGUAUGUUUGGGUGUCCAAACAGUCUAUCGUGAAAGUUUUGCUUUAGCGUUAUUUUUUCUUUUAAUGCUAUUUCUAAGCAUCCCCGGUGGGAAAUUCAGUGCUAUUAUAAACCGUAAAGCUUACUUAGAGGGUGCAUGAAUUUUUAAAACGCUUAUAAUUAUCGCAAUUUUUAUUAUCACUUUUUUUAUUGACAAUGCGUUUUUUGUAAAUUCUAAGAUAGGAUGUUUGAAGAGAAAUCUGCAGAUAUGUGUCAAUGUUCUUCUUGGUUAUCCAGAUUAUUAUAUUAAUUGACUUCGCUUAUACAUGAAAUGAAGACUGGUUGAAUAAAUAUGAAGUUUCGUCCUCUAAAGGCUACUGGGGAGAAGGAUUAUUAAAGUCAGGCGCUAGACAUAUUGGUGACGCAGUCACCAAAGAUCUCCCGUAUAGGAGGUUCUACCGCGCUUUUCGGCUCCAGCCCAGAGGGUCUAUCCUCUUACGAGUGCCCUUCCGAUACCUUCUGUCUCCUCUUUGCCUUGGGCUUCAAUCUUGAGUGGGCGGCUAUGGAUUGCUGCGGCCUGAUGUGGCGAUUGGAGCAGCUUGAUUCCAUGGAUCAGCUCCUUGGAGUCUAUCAGGUGUCGAAGUGCCUUUCUUCGACAGCUACAGGAAAAAGACUGUUCCGCUGCGGCUGGGCCGAAACCUCCUAUUUUUCAGGAAUGCCCAUGGGUUCUCUGAUCCAAAGGACGCUGUUGAGCACCUCCAUUUCCAACAACAGGAAAGCAGCCAAGCCUACCCGGAUAUACAUCUCUUGAGCCUGGACUUGAUUCUCAACUUGGAGACCGUCCCAGUUCGCUGUAGCCAUAAGGUCUGGACUGCUGCGCCAAGAGGGCAGAUUGAUACAUGUCGCCAUUUUAAUUUAUUAAAAGCUAUUGGGGAUUUUGCUUAUUCUUUUUCUCAGGGCUAGCAUGGUCGCUAUCUAUAACUAUAAUCGCACUAUGCUACUAUUGGUUUGGGACAUCAUCCGAAUGUGGGGUCAAUAUAUUUCUAAUCACACUAACACUCGCACUAGGAUCAAUUUUUACAGUAAUGUCUUUGACUCCUCUAGUCGAGAAUGGAUGUAAUUUAUAAUUAGCUUUACUUACAAGUUCAAUUGUGAAUAUUUAUAUUGUUUGGCUAUGCUGGUAUGGGCUAGUAUCUGAUACAUCAAAUUGCAAUUCAUGAAAUGACACAAAAUCAACAGGCUUGACUAUUGCUUUUGGGCUUUUAGUUUUAAUGAUUAUGCUUCUUUAUAUAUCAUUCAGAGAAAUUAAAAAAUCCGAUAAACAAACAAUCGCAAGAGACGCUGCAGAAGUCGUCAUGGCACCUGAAGAUGAAGGAAAUGAAAAAGAAGCUUAUAAAGAAGACGAAGAACUUGAUAGAAGAAUGGUUUAUUUCCAUGUGCUCAUGAUUAUUGUAUCUAUGUAUUAUUCAAUGCUACUUACGAAUUGAGGAGCUGCAAAUGUGGAUGGAGGCGCUUAUGAUAAGUAAUUGAUAGUUAGUGACAAUGCAAGCAUGUGGGUAAAAUUUGUUGCCUUGUGAACAACUGUUUUGCUUUAUGUGUGGAGCCUGAUUGCCCCUAAAGUGUGCAAAAACAGAGAUUUUAGUAGUCAGAUUUAUGAAGUUUGGAGUAAUUGAGGAAAAAUUUGGGGAAUUAGGGCAAAUGUAAUAUUGAUAGAUUUAAGCAUAA